AUGGCAAACCCCACCACCGAGACGACCAAGCCCACCAAGGCCAACGGCCAGAAUGGUGGUGCUCCCCAGGAGGAGGGCCUCGGCCAAGCCUUUACGCAACAGGUCAUUGACUCCUUUGGCCCCAAGACGGACCCUAGACUCCGCGAGGUCAUGUCCUCGUUUGUGCAGCACAUGCACGACUUUGCUCGUGAGACUCAGCUCACUGUUGAUGAGUGGAUGACUGCGGUCAAGAUGAUCAACUGGGCCGGUCAAAUGAGCAACGAGAAGAGGAACGAGGGACAGCUCAUGUGCGAUGUGAUCGGUCUUGAGAGCUUGGUGGACGACAUCACACACCGCGCAGCGGCCAAGGACGCUGCCUCAGGCACAGCGACUGCCAUUCUUGGCCCUUUCUGGCGAGCAGACACUCCCAUCAGAGAGAACGGCACCACCAUCACCUUCGACACUCCCGAGGACGGCAUCGUCGCCUAUCUUUACGGCACUGUGACUUCGGCUGCUACCGGGGCCCCUAUCCCCAAUGCCUCUGUUGAAGUCUGGCAGGCAUCCACCAACGGCCUGUACGAGCAACAAGACGAGAAGCAGCAGGAGCACAACCUGCGUGGCAAGUUCAUCACAGACUCUCAGGGUCGAUUCUCCUUCUACUGCCUGCGACCUACACCGUAUCCCGUUCCUGAUGACGGUCCUGCUGGCAAGCUCCUCCAGCUUCUCGACCGACACGUCUACCGCCCUGCGCAUCUCCACUUCAUGGUCAUUGCCGAGGGAUACAAGUCCGUCGUGACACAGAUCUUCGACUCCGACUCGGGGUACCUCGACAACGACAGUGUGUUUGCCGUCAAGGAUGGACUGACGGUGGAUUUCGUGCCACGAAAAGGCGACCCUCAAGCAAACUGGGAGCUUGAGUAUAACAUGAGCCUCGGGACUGCGUGA